AUGGGAUGGGGUAACCGACCAGCAUUGCUUAUCAUCGAUGUCUGCAAGGCGUACUGGACUGAGGGAUCGCCUCUUUCACUUUUGGGGAACCCAGCUGCAGAGCUGGUGCCGGACUCGAUACGACAAUUGCUAUCAGCUGCGAGAGAAGGGGAAGUUCCUGUAAUUUGGAGUGAGGUAAAAUAUUCAAGACCAGACAUGAGCGAUGCAGGAUUAUUCUGGCUGAAGGCAAAGCCUCUAGAUGUCUGGUUAAAGGGUGACAACAGGGGGCUUGCCGAUUAUAUGGAUGGCCUUGAGCCGGCUAUUGACGACACUGUUAUUGUGAAAAAGUACGCGAGCGCGUUUUUUGGUACAACUUUGGCGACUGAGCUCCAGACCCUUAAUGUUGAUACACUUGUUAUCUGCGGAGUGAGUACAUCAGGCUGCGUGAGGGCAACCACGCUCGAUGCAAUGCAGCACGGAUUUAGACCUAUGGUUGUAGGUACUGCUUGUGGAGAUCGCACAGCCGAAAUUCAAAAUGCGAAUCUAUUCGACCUCGAUGCAAAGUAUGCGGACGUUGUAUCAGAGCACGAGGCGAUGGCAAAUCUUAGAAAGAAAUGGUGA